CGCACACUGCUUAUCUCUGUGUGACGUGUUUUCUUGGUUUUCCUUCCUCAUCUCUCUGUGUUCCUGUGUUCCUGUCUGUGCCACGCCCACACACGCUGCCUUGCUUUGCUCCACAGCCACCACAGCCUCUAUAAUACCCAGCAACGCCACCUCUGUAGUCUACACUGAUGAGAAUGGACAGUUGCUGGACACCCUUCAAGUGUGCCGCGAUUUUAAGUACGGCCAGUGCGUGAGACCUGCCUGCAAGUUUGUGCAUCUCCUUGAAGAUCACGUAGAGGUGACAGACAUGAAGGUGAGUGUCUGUCGCGAUGCGGUGAAGGGGAAGUGCGGUCGGGGGCUGUGCAAGUAUUAUCACCUGCCGGUCCUCCUGCCGCCUGCCCCCCUUGACCCGCACUCCGCCCGCACCCACUCAGCCCCGCGCCACCACACACUCCACAACCCGCCCACACACACCCUCGUCCUCGACAACGCUUACUACUUGGAGGCAAACACCACCAACAACAACAGUAAUAACAACAGCGGCAGUAGCGGCGGCGGCUCGACCGCCUCGCCCACACCACUCGCGGCGGCAGCAGCAGCAGCAGCAGCAGCAGCGGCGGCGGCAGCAGCGGCCUCCUCCAGCAGUGGCAGCGGCGAGUCGGCCGGCCCCUCAGCUCUGCAGGUUAUCGCCGGCCUGGCCGCACCCAACAACAUCAUUUGCAACUAGCGGCCCCGCGCCCUGCUGGAGGCGGGAGAGGGUCUCCCGCGCGGUGGUGUGGCGCCGCGUGUGGGCGGCUUGGGGAGCGCGGCGGCGCGAGCCCCGGGCCCCGGAGCUUCUGGUGCUAGCACAGCCAUGCUCACUCAAUGUGAUUUGUCAAGUGUGUCCUUACAGUCCCCACGGGGACAGGUCAACUCCAGCACUCGUGGAUAUUUUUUCAAAAAACAUAACAAAAAUAAAUUUUCACUUUGUUUUUAUCUUUUAUAUAAGGAUAAGGUAGGAAGAUGAUGCCCUUAUAAAGGGUCGAGAUUAAUUAUUUUCUAUUAUGUACCAGUGAAACAGACUCUGGACUGUUGUGCGAACAUGACAAAGUCACGUGCCAGUGAAGCCCCGACCAGCGGCCGGCCCCGGGGGUCCACCCCCUCGGCACCGCCAAGCCCCUCGGCAGGUGGGUGCCCAGGCCCCGGCCCAGCGCCCCGCCGCCCUGGCCCGGCCAGUAGUCAGCAGCUGAGGUGCCAGCGUCAGCGGAGACGGUCCGGGCGGCACUGGGCCUCGCUCCCGGCGGCGGCAGCGGUGCUGGGGCGCCGCCCCCCCGGCGCGCUGGUCCAUUACCGAGGGAGAGAUGCAGUGAGAAGCUCAGCUGAACACGGCGGACUCGAAGUGAGGAACACGGAUGAGAGAGGACACAGGAAGGACCCGAGAGGAAGAAGAAGAAGAAGAAGAAGAAGAAGGGACUGAUCCAAGACCCAAGCCAGAAA